UUGCAGAGAGCCGUGACCCAUGAGGCCACCAACAGGGCUUCUAAGUUUAAAAAUAGUUAAAUAGUUGGUAAUGAAGUACCAAAUAGUUUAUCUACAAUUAGAGCUACAAAAUUGUUUGUAUAUUGUUUUCUGCUGUUAAAAUAGAAAAGUGAUUUGUGCAUCUCAUUCACGAUAAUUUCGAAAUAUGGCUUCGAAAGGUACGCUGUCCCAGGCCCUAGGUACGGAUGGAAGUGAUUUUAAUCACAGACAAAAAAUCGCUAGUCAUUAUCAAAUCAGCGCAACAAACAAAUCAAGACUGAAAUAUUGCAUAUUUUUUCAUUAUCUUCUUUUCUUCGUUAUGCUUGCCAAGUUAUCAGCUGAUAUUUUAGACCAUCUGGAUAUAUUUAUUUUGGAGAUCGAAGAGUUGCAAGUACCUCAGCCUCUUUGGUGGGAAUAUAUAUGGUGCAGUAGCUUGAUGUUAAGUUUUCUUGCAUUGUCCGCUAUUAAAAGAAAUAGGAUCAAAACGCUGAAACAAUACAUGGUGGGAAUCGUUUUGUUAGGAUAUGGACCAUUGUUUUAUGCAAUUGUAUAUUACUUCAAGGAUGUUUGGAAAUAUCUUACUGUUGGCAAAUCAGAAGAAAUUCAUUUUUGGCAGGGUCUGCCGUAUGGAUUGUUGUGGUAUGCGUUUAUCCUUUUAGCGUCGCAGGUUCAUAUAUUCUCCUUAUACUUCUCUUGGAAUCUUUUAGAAGCUUGGAAAACACGAGGAAGCAAAAAGAUCGAUUAACUUAACUAAAAAAUUUAUGGAAAUUUCAAGCAUAUCUGUGAAUAUUGUUGACUAUAAAUAUUUUUAUUUGUAACAAAUGAAG